AUGACUGGCACUUGGCGUCUCCGUCGCGUGGUGUGCCUCCGGGGCCAUGUGGGGUGUGCGUGGGACGCCGCCUGGCGGCCCGACGGGGGUCUCCUGGCGACCUGCGGCUCGGACAAGCGGAUUUGUCUGUGGGGCCCAAGUGUCUCCUUCGCCCUAGGGCCGAACGCGCCCGCAGGAGACAGAUCGUCGAGACAGCCCGGAGCCUCAGGCGAAGACGGCGAAACAGAAGGCCGCAAACGGUCUGAAGCGACGGCCGAAGGAGGCGCAUGCGCGCCCGAAGAAACCAGGCGAGCGCGGGGCGACUCGCCGUUGGAGAAUCGAAUGAGUGAAGACGCCAGCGAUGCUUUUGCAGAGACUACGCGGCAGGACGAACACAAGCGACGGAGAAAGACUAGCUACCCCUCGUGGUAUUUGGUGGGAGUGCUGGACACCACAGCCACGCACUCGCGGACGCUGCGUAGCGUCGCCUUUUCGCCGGACGGCGUGUGGCUGGCCGCCGCUUCGUUUGACGCGACUGUCUCGGUGUGGGGAUCCAACAUCGCCGGCGUCUACCGGACGCCCUCGCGCUUCCACCAGGUGCAGGUCCUCGAGGGGCCUGAACACGAGGUCAAGUGUGUCGCGUGGAGCAGAACGGGGCGGUAUCUGGCGACCUGCAGCCGCGACAAGACUGUGUGGAUUUUCGAGAACGCGCAAGGCGACUUGGAGCCGAUUGCGACCGCCGCGUGUCGCUCCAGGAGACGCGCUCUCACACACCGAGUGCCAUCACCCUCGCCCCGAGGAGGAGCGUGUGAUACGACAGAGGGCCGCCAGAAAGCAGACGCUGAGGCGCCUGGCGCAGCGGACGCGUGCGAGACAGAGCGCGAGACCGAAGGGAGCGCCGACCUCUUUCUCGAAGAGAGGCAAGACUGGCCUGAGGCGUGCCAGCUCGAAGUCGACGUCGCCGACGAUGAAUUCUUCUUCGUGGCUGCGGUCCUUAGUGGUCACUCGCAAGACGUGAAGGCGGUGCGUUGGCACCCAAUUGAAGACAUUUGCAUCUCGGCGUCGUAUGAUGACUCGUUCCGCGUCUGGGGGCUGCGCGGCGGAGCGGGGUCUGACUGGGGACUUCUUCAAGUCGUCAAGGCCCACAGCUCGACGGUGUGGUCGCUCGCCUUUGACCGGCUAGGCGGGCGUUUGGCGACCUGCUCGGAUGACCGCAGUCUAAAAAUUUGGACCUUGCAGUCUUUUUCUGUGUGCGCACCGGCAUGCGCCUGGAGAGAUAUGGCAUUCAUCGUGAGUCUCCGCCGCGCGUUGCUGUCCGCUUGUUUCGUUAGGUCUUUCCCCGAGCUGGGACCAGAUACCGACAGCAGCUCUGCUGCAUCGUCCUCCGCUCGUUCGUCGCCGCCCGCCUCGCCGAUUUCAGCGUUUUCUUCUGCGGUCGCUCUUCCUGCGCAACAGAGUUCGCGGCUGCCCCCUGCCGCGGGCGCGGGCGAGUCGCCAGAGCCUGCGGCUGAGGCUGCAGGUCUCUCGCCAAGCGCCGAUGCCUCGAGCGGUUCCACAGAUGAACUUCCGGGGCAGAGAACUCCAGCAGCCGCAGCACCUCCUGGGCAAUCCAGCGCGCCGCCAACUGCGCUCGCGUCUCGCGUGCUCCCUCCCUGGUUCGUGACGGGGCUCUUUCGGGGCGCGGCGCUGGGGCCUGCAGGCCCGUGGGCCCCGGAGGGCGCCCAGGGGGAGGCGCCUGGGGGAGGUGGAAACGGAGACGCCGGAGACGCCAACGAACAGAGAGAGGACGAAGGCGAAGGCAGGGACGCUGCCGCGAACAGACGGCGUCGAGGCCACAGCGAAAAUGCCGACGACGGGGGGGCCGAGCCGGCGGGCGGGAGCGCCGGAGCGUCGGCAGAGGAGGCGGAUGGAGGAAAACGGGGGAUCGACGGCGGAGUCGCGACGAAACGUGCAGAGAGCGCGAGCAGGCGCAGGAGCGCGAGAGACGCGGAGGAAAGACGCGACAGAGACGAAAUUAGCCGACAACAGCCCGGCGGAUGGAGACCGCAAGCUGCGCUCCUCUCUGGGUUCCAUCCCCGGCCGGUCUACUUUGUCGACUGGCAUCCGACGCUAGAUGUGAUCGUCACUGCUAGUGGAGACAGCGCCUUACGGUUUUUCUCUGCCGAAAAUGCGGAAGUUGAAGACAGCUCCUGGGGCCUUUUGCUUUCCAAGCCCGACGCACACUACAGCGACAUCAACUGUGCAGUAUGGAAUCCUGCAACGCCGUCGUCUAGCCGUCGCUCACAAGUUCUUCUGGGGACGCCAGAGUCCGAGGUGACCGCGGCCCUGCUGGCGUCAGUCGAUGACGACGGAAAAGUGGCAAUCUGGGCUCUGGAGGCUUGCGCGUAG